AUGACGCUCUUGCGGCCGGUGCUCGACAAUGGUUGGCGCGCUGGCAUACGCACGCUAAGUACUAGUGCGUUGUCUGCACAGGCGCCGAGACCACCUAGGAUGAUACCCAAGGCGCACGUCCUGGCAGGCACACCGGCUCCGAAAACACCCCUUGACGUGGCAAAGGCCUAUCCCGACCACCCUCUGAUGCAAUUUUUCCAGCAGGUUCCCGUCGAGGUUGCCAAAGAAGGGACCUCUGGCCGUCAUGCUGAUGAGCGUGAGUCUAUUCCCGUUCCUCAAGCCGUCGCUGAGUCGGACCUCUCUCACGAUUACUCGUCGCGUGCAUGGCUGGCCCCUGAACUUCGCCGGAAAAGCAGCGCAGAUCUUCACACUCUAUGGUAUGUCUUGCUGAUGGAGCGGAAUCGACUUGCGACAAGUUGGGAGGAGAUCAAGCGCCACAAUGCCGAGGGUUCGGCUCAAAUGCUCGGCUCUAGCCUAAAAUACCGCCACCAUCGUGUCCGCAAGUCGAUGGCACGUAUCAAGUUUGUGCUGAAUGAGCGACGUUUGGCCCUGAUUGAGGCCCAAAAUCGUGUGCGCGAAGAAGUAGACCUUCCUAUGGAGGAAGAGGGUGAUCUGUUCGAGCAGGCGCCCAAGUCGUCUUAG